CUCAGGCACUCAGUCGCCGUUCUCUCUGUGCGGUUCGUCCAUAGCUCACAGCUGUUUCCUCAGUCGUUAACCCCAUCCUCGCCGGCGCUACUGUCCGCCGUCCUCGUACCGCUUGUGAUUAGUCGUCGUGAUAGAGUGGCCUCAUCUGUCACCCAUCGCCCAGAUCCGCAUUGCCAUCUGGAGAAGAGAGUGUGACUCGUUGGUUGACCAAACAUGGACAAGAGCAUGAUAGGAGAUCUGGAAUCCCUUCCAGAGGAAGAUAAGCUCAGAAUGGCUGCCAUGAUUGAUCAGCUCCAAAUCCGAGACAGUCUAAGAAUGUACAAUUCACUGGUGGAGAGAUGCUUUAAUGAUUGUGUUGACAACUUCAAGCAUAAAUCCCUGCAUAAGCAAGAGGAAAGCUGUGUUCGAAGGUGUGCAGAGAAGUUUUUAAAACACUCCAUGCGUGUUGGCAUGAGGUUUGCAGAGCUCAAUCAAGGAGCAGCAACACAAGAUUGAGAACUGUGAUUAGACCAAGUUAGUUUGACCUAAUCUGUAUUUAGGAUCUUGUCAGACAUGGAUCACAAACAAGCCCCUUCUAAAUAUACAGAAGUUAAAAACUCAGCCUUGCCUGUGAUAAGCUCUUAUAUUGGUUUUGCUCUUUAGAUAUGAGGAUAGAUUGUCGCUAUUUGAAUCUCUGGGUUGCAAUGAGUACUAAAAAAUUCGUAAUGAAUAAAUUUUGGUUUUAUCAUCA